GUCAGAGAAACCUUCACCACAGCGUUGGUGAAGAACCUGAUUGUAGUUAUGGUCUGGCUCAUCCUCGGUUACAUCAACGGCAGCUUGGUUGCCACAUUUUUUAGACAUCAGACAUUUUGUGAAGACCCUCGUUACAUCCUCUUCAUCCACAUGGUGAUCAAUGACGGCAUCCAGCUGACCGUCACAGUCACACUUUUUGUCCUCAGCUACCUCUUCUACAAGAUUAAGGUCUCUUUCUGCUGCUUCUUCAUCCUGGUGGCGGUCUUCACCACCAGAAUCACACCGGUCAACUUAGCUAGCAUGGCCAUAGAGCGCUACGUUGCCGUUUGCGAGCCUUUACGGCACCCUCAAAUCUGCACAGUGAGAAGGACUUACAUUGUUAUCGGGUGGAUGUGGUUUAUCUGCGUGGCUCCGGAUAUCACAGAUCUAUUUAUGACGCUAGCAACGGAGUCCCUAAGCUUCUUUCAUGAGUCUGUGUUCUGCACACGACAAAAUGUGUUCAAAGACCCGAUCCUGGCAUUCAAAAGACAAGUUUUUGAUAUCAUCUACUUCUCCUGUGUGUUUUUGACUCUGGUCUUCACCUACUUGAGGGUCCUGUUUGCAGCCCGGGCCCUCUCCACGGACAAGAUGUCCGCCCAGAGAGCCAGGAACACCAUUCUGAUCCACGGGGUCCAGAUGGCCAUGUGCAUGCUCUCCUACAUCUCCCCUAGUGUGGAGAUCAUUCUGCAGCUAAUUUUCCCCGGCCGAAUCUCAGAAAUCAAAUAUGCACACUACCUAAUUGUCUACAUCCUGCCGAGGUUCCUGAGCCCAAUCGUCUAUGGUGUCAGAGACAAAAAGUUCAGGGUGUACCUCAGGAUGUACCUUGUAAGCAACAGGUGCAGGGUCAAAGUGCAGACAGUUGCCCCGCUUAAAACAACCCAGAUGAAUUGGAAGAAAAAAUGA